AUGAAUAAUAAAUACUCUGGUACAAAUUUGAUAGAAUUUAAAAAAUUCGAGAUUGCAAGUGAUUUUAGUAUUCAUUUCAAUACACGGGCGGUUCUUUUAUUAAGCGGUGUGUCAAGAAUGCCUAGCAUCUCACAUCAGAAUCUUCAAAAGCGCUUGUUGCGUUAUAUUAGUCGUCGUAAACCUUGCAAAUACUUGUUGUUCAUUCAAUUUGGAAUAUUGGCUUUGCUCAUUGGAUUCUUCAUACCGGUCAUGCUAUUACUAGACAAUUCGAGGAAACAGUUAGCAGUAAUGAAAGCAGAACAUCGAAUCUAUCAGACUUAUGUUGGUUCAAUAACACUCACACACUGUCAUUACUUGUAUCCGCAGAAGUCUGAGGAAUUAUGUGAUAAACAAUGUGGAAGCUCAGCUUAUAUUGUGUUGAGAUAUGAAAAUUCUCUUGGAAAUAAAAUGGAAUCAGCCUGUCCUUCACUGAUUCAAACGGUUCCAUGUCAUGAAAAACCAGCUCGAUGUAAUCAGAAACUUCGGCUACGUCAAUGUCCUGGAGUGAAUGGAAUUUAUUUACUAAAAAAUCUUUCAAUAACACCAUUAACUAUUUUCAAAGUGCCACUGCUCAACAUUUCCACAAUGAAAGGGGAAAUUGUAUCCGCGCUGGAAUUGUUUGCGGUGUGUCCUCGUUGCAGAAUAUAUUCUCAUUCAUAUAAGAAAUCAGACAACACAUGCUACAGACAAUUAGAAACAGUAAGAGAAGGUUGGCCGGAACAGUACCGCGUUUGUGAUAGUGAGCUAGCCACAAGUACUACCGAGAUGGAACAACAUCUGAUGAAGUUUUUUGGCUAUUGUAAACGAUCUCUGAACCGCAGCUUAUGCAUGGACUUAUAUAUCGCUGGACAACAACAACAAAAUUUAAACGACCUUUGUGCCGAAGUGGAAAGCCAACUACUGCAGAGAUGUAAAAAAAAUCUUGAAAUGCAGUUAUGUUCAAUUCAGAGCUGGGUAAUUUCAAUUUUUUGA